GCACCUCUAUUCCACAACGGACGUCGAGAAUCGGGCCCGCACCGCGCUCUCGCUCUACACACAACACAACACACAGACAGACGGCGAGAGUCGAAUUCGCCGCUAAUCCAGUCAGUUUCAGACGGUCGGGCUAUCCAUUCGGUCUAUGCGGUGCGCUCCUAACACGAUUCUUGGGCGACAAACAUGUGUAGAAGAACGACGAGGGCCGAGGCGACAACAGUGCCAUCGAGAGGGUCGUGAAGCAGCAGCCAAGGGUCCUAGAGCGGGUGACCACCGAGUCAGGGCUGCGGCUCCCCCAUGGGCCGACUUCCUGGGGGCUGUCCUUCGGGCUGACCACUUGGAGAAGGCCGCGGACAUAGGACAUGGCCUUUAGCCUGCUCGCGGCUUGGACCACCCUGCUGUGGCUUGCCUCAGCUACUGGCUUAGACCCUUCUGGUCUUUUAUCUACCAUAAACACAACACGUCAAACGAUUGAUCUUCUGGGUGCCUUGGGCUUGCCUAAUACUAACUGGAGUGGAGUUUCAAGAACUGAUGGUCCUCAGAAGAACAAACCGGCCUAUCUCCUACAAGGCGACAAUAGAAAUCUGAAGCUGCCCUCGCCAGCCUUUGAGCAGGUGUCAGAAAUGCUUCGGCGCAGUCCAGAAUUCACCAUCAGCGCUUAUCUCAAGCAGGACAUGGGCAACACAGGCAUCAUCCUGAGUUUUGUGCAGGGUUACAACCGAUACCUGGAGCUCGAGUCGAGUGGGAGACGAAACGAGAUACGAUUCCAUUACCUAUCGAAAGAAGAUAAUAAAGUGCACGUAGAGACUUUUCAUUAUAAACUUGCGGACAAUUUGUGGCAUCGCAUGACUGUGACUGUUAGUGGCUCGGUUGUCGAGCUGUUUGUGGACUGUAAUAGGUUAUAUAAAAGACUACUUAGGCCGGGUAAGCCUGAUCGAAAUUUUACCGAAGCUAAGCAGCUUUGGUUAGGACAAAGAAGUCACCUUUAUCAUUAUAAGGGUGCGAUGCAAGAUGUGCAGUUUAUAGCCGGUCCCCAUGGGUACCUUUUAGUAUGUCCCCACCUGGACUCGACGUGUCCGACGUGCGGCCAGUUCACCCUGCUGGAGUCUACCGUUCAGGAGCUGACGCAGCAUCUUCAGGAUCUAACCGAAAGGUUGUCCGCUGCCGAGGGAAGGAUAUCGAGGGUGGAGAAGUGCGACUGUCCAGUUUCCUGUCACAUCAACGGCACCGUGCACGCAGAUGGCGCCAGGUGGCAAAGCGGCUGUGAUUUGUGUUCCUGUGUGCAUGGAAAGGUUGAGUGCCGAAGAAUCGAAUGCCCUAAGCCGAUGUGCAAGUAUCCUGUAACGAAGGCAGGCGAAUGCUGUCCGCAGUGUCUUAGAAAUUGCCUGUUUGACGGCACACUGUACGACCACGGUGAGGUAGUGAGCUUCAAGAAAUGCACAGAUUGCGAAUGUAAAGAUGGAAACAUGCAGUGCCAUAGGAUAGACCCGAAGACCCAGUGUCCAAAGUUGACCUGCCCUCCGGAGAAGAGAUUCAGCGUAACAGACAACUGCUGCAAAUUCUGUCCAGGUGUUGACUAUUGCGCCAAAGGUCACGUUUGUCAUGCUAACGCGACCUGUUCCAACCUGCAGACUACGUAUGCUUGUCAGUGCAGUCAGGGGUACCAAGGAGAUGGCAGAAACUGUACUGAUAUAAACGAAUGCCUGCUAGAGGGCGGUUUGGAGGGACACCACUGUCACCAGAACACAAAGUGCGUGAACACACCGGGAUCAUACAUCUGCGAAUGUCUACCAGGUUACAGAAGGAUAGAUAAGUUCAAUUGUGCAGAAUUGGACGAGUGUCACACUGGUGAACACGAAUGUGAUGUCAACGCUGAUUGCAUCAAUACCCAGGGCAGCUACCAUUGCAAGUGCAAGGCGGGUUAUUCUGGAGAUGGUUACAAGUGUGAACCAAUCUGCAAACAAAGCUGCAUGAACGGAGGCGUUUGCCGCAAACCAGGCAUAUGCGCAUGUGCUAACGGUUACACCGGACCCAGUUGCGAGAGAGACUUGGACGAAUGUGCCACCAACACCCAUCGUUGCACAUCCUCUUCCAAAUGCGUGAACAUGAUAGGUUGGUACUACUGCACGUGCAAGGAAGGGUUCAAAGGACCUGGAUCCGACAAUAACUUAGGGACGUUAUGUGAAGAUGUAAACGAGUGCGACGAAGAAAUCGACACCUGUCACCCUUCAGCAACCUGCGUCAACACCGUUGGUGGUUUCCAAUGCAAGUGUCCACCCAGAAAACCGAACUGCAGGUUGAGUUGCCUCUUUGAACAGAUGGAAAUAGACGACGGCAAGACCAUACCUCACCCAAAUGAUCCGUGCACCAAGUGCACCUGCAAUUUGGGCGUGAUAAAAUGCGAGAAAGUAUCUUGCAACUGCUCCAUACAGGCCAGGAAGAGCGACCCAUGCUGCCCCCAGUGCGACGUGAGGCAAGCUUGCGCCCACCAAGAGAUACCGGGCGUUGUCUUGAUGCAUGGCGAGAAGUGGUCUUACCAGUGCCAAUCUUGCGAAUGCCUGAACGGAGAGACCGACUGUUCAGACCUGGAAUGUCCACCUCUGCUCUGUUCCAAGCCGGUGCAAGGUCCGAACGACUGUUGCCCGCAUUGCGAGGAAGACCAGUGCAUGUGGAACGCAUCGGCGGAUGGCAGAGACUGCAACUUUAUGAACAGGAGAUACAAAUCUGGUUCAGAAUUCGACGAUCCUAACGAUCCGUGCGUCACAUGCAAAUGCAAGGUGCCGUUCUGCGCCGAACUGGUGAGCAAUGUCGCGUGUUGUGUGCAUCGGACGGAUCACUUUGCUGCAGUUAUAAUCUCCAUUGCAAUGACAAUGCGGUCGCAGUUGGCUUUGACGGAAUUACCGUCCCUUCAGCCCCUACUCAGCAGCACAAACUCAUCAGUACAACGAAGAUCAGCACUGAUCCUGGACAGUAUAGUUCGGCUUAUAGCUUGGGUGACGGCGCCAGCGUUGACCAGAAGAAGCAAGAACCGGCUGAGGGAGUUACUAUGGCAGCUGGUGGAUGAGUUGUCCCACGUACAGAAUCGUCUUACAUUCCUGGAGCCACUUGAGCAAUAGUCGCGGCCUCUGUGCAAAAUGAGCACAACUGUAAUUAAUGAAUCAAUCAAAAUAUCGCUGGGCCUCUCUACCAAGUGUCUUCCUUGUUGCGCAGUUAGCUUUGUGUGCUACUGUCUAGCUUACUUUUCAACGAUAGCACCGUAUUAGUCGUACACUAAACUUGUGAACUUGAAAUUUAAUUUUAAAAAUAACCAGACUACCAUUUUAUGAAUCUCCUCGGAAACCACUGACAGAGCUUCUGAUAUUCCUGGGGUACUGAAUUUUAUAUCAAUUCGAUGUUGUUUGUAAAUCUGCAUUGACGAGAAGAUUUUCUCUCGAAUAUCCAGCGUAAUGUUUGCCUUUUUAGGAACUUCGGUCACUGGAUUAGAAGUUGUUCUAGUUUUUAAUAGUGAUCCAUAUAUAUUUCUGACUAAGAUAGGACGUUAAAGUUCAACGUGACGCUUUGAAAAUUUAUGAUACAAACAAUUAAAGAGCUUCAGCAGCUUUUCGCUGCAAUUGUUGAGAUAUUAUAUCAUAAGGAAUAAAAUAUAGACUAUUGGAGGUAGAAUUGCUGCUAUAGACUUUUAGAAAUAGCAUCCACCGUCGCGUGUUGCUACUUGCAAAAAAUAUGAUCAUUCUGAGAAACGUAUUUCCUUAGAUUACUGAGGAUAACUGAUUUUUGAGUAAAAUUUUUACGAGGACAAUACUGGAAGUUCGAAAUAUAAAAAUUUCAAUCUCUAUAUUCAAAUUGAUAUUUUUGCGUUUUGUCUUGUCCUGAUAUGUGGUAAACGAAGUUUCUGAUGUACAUAAUUUCCGAGUGAUAUAUUUUCACGUUGAUCUCCCUUCUACCGUGGAAAAAAAUAUUCUAUAUUAAUAAAGACAUAUGUAGUGAAAGAUUUUCAGGAAUCGCGUUCAUUUGAAAUUUUGAAGGUUGAAAUAUAUACGAUGGGAGCGCUUUGCAGAUUGAAUUGUUGAUACGGAAAAUUUUGUAUUUGAUGAAAUUGAGCAUAUACAAUGCUGAAAAAUAUCAAUUUAUGGAUGUUUCGUUGAUAUAUAGUUCGAUGUUGCAUUUUUUAUCCAACUAGAACAAGCUGUUAGAUAUUUAGACUUGAUAUAUAGAAAAAAAUAUAUAUAAUUAGAAUUAAGCACAAGAAAUGUGUGAAAAGACAUAGUUUUAUAGCUGAACAACUUAUUUAAGAAACUGAAAAUUCACUGUCAAUUUUUUCCUGCGAGCGAAUAAUGGAAUUCAAUUAGUGCUCAAGGAUCCCUCAAUCCUGAAAUAGUGAUAUCAAGUCACAAUAACUUAAUAGGUACUAAAAUAUAUCAAAAAAAAUCUAUGAUUAUAGCAUCGAUGUUGUCUACAGCUGUUUCAAUUUUGCUAUUGAAAUCGUAAUUUUUAUAAGAUUAUAUACAUGAAGAAAACAUUUUAUGCUAGAAGCACUAUGGGCUAUAUAAGUGUUUUUGAGGAGUAGCCUAACUUCAGUUAGGGAAUCAUUUGCAUAUAGGUGUUUUAUUUGGUAGUCUGUUCCGAUUUUUUAUGAUUAUAGGUAAAAUCUCUAGUCAAAUUGAGCUUGCUUGCAAAAUGAGAGGAGGAGAUUAAUUUGCAAGCCACGUCAAGGUUGAGUCUUACACCUAAGUAAUGGAAGCAUAUCUAGCCACUAAAAAAAAAUUAUUGCAAUAUUAAAAUUGUGAUAUUAUCAAAUGAGACUUAUAAUAACCAUUGUAUGAAUACUAGUUCCUGCAGCCAGUCCCUUUCAAAUGUCGCUUCAGGCAUAGUUAUGAAUAUACUUUCGAUUGCACUUUUCCAGUUCCGUAGAAAUGCAUAUUACCCAAUAAUUUUUUUUUUUAGGAAUAUUGGAUGAUUUUUUUUGAGUUGAAACAGUCCAAAAUCUCGAAAAGGAAACAUCAAACGGAAAUGUUUAUCGAAUAAAAGGUUGAUAGUUUUACAGGGUAAGCCCACUUAUGCCAAAACCUUUUCCUUGUGGGGAGUAUGUGUUAACUUUAAAAUUUCAAAUGAGAACCCCUGUUUUUUAGUGCUAAUUCGUAUUCUUCAGCAAAAAAUACAAAAGUUUUGUAUUUGUAUCAAUAUUUUUCUCUAAAAAUUUUUCCGUAAGAUGUUUACUUUUCGAGAAUUUGAACUGAUUCAACUUAAAAAAAUCACCUGGUAUAGUAAACGCGUUGGUGUAUUCCAUGUAUAUCGUACAUGCUUGUUCUCGCAUUGCAUCCUGAAAUAACAAUACAUACUCUCCAAAAAAUUCAAUUCAGUUUAUUAUUUUUCUUUUCACACUAAUAAAAUUAAAAAAAAAUUAAAACAAUUUAAGAGUGAGAACUACGAACAGAAAAGGAUAGUCAGUUUUCUGGAUGAAUCAAGUUGUUCAGAUCUGUGGAAAAUUCACGAUAAAUGAACUACAUGAAGUGCAGUCAAAAGUAUAUCAGAUUGGGAACGAUAUAUGAAGUUAUGUAAAUACCUAGCACAAAUAAAAAAGUUUGGGGCAUCCAAAUCGUGGAAUUUCUGAGGAUUUGCUAUGAGCUGAACAACGAACGUUUGGCCAAUUUUAAACAAUUGUAUAUUAUUCUUAUUUUAUAUUAUUUAUUUUUAUCCAAUAAUGAAACAGUACCUAUUUCCCAGAUUUUUUUACAAGAAGGUCACUGUUGUACAUAAUAUAUCAUUGCUGAAGUAUUAUAUUUAGAAAAAAUAGGGAUAUGAAUGAAUUGAAACUAAACUUUCAUUUUUUUUUCUUUCGGUAACUCCAUUUGAAUUGUUUAUACAUUCAGUCUUAUGUAGACAUAAUGAUUUAGUAUGUUCAUUUUAAUUGAUGUAAAAUUCUAGGCGAAUCAAUGUCAGCAACUGAUAGUUUAUUUGGAAUUAUUUAGUAUUGCAUUGGAUUUAUUGACCAGACAAUGACUGUAUAAUCUGUUGUAAAUGAAUGUGUGCCAAUCAUUAUUACAAAUAAAUGAAAAAACAGAAA